AUUAUACGGCAACAUGAUCCUCUUCUAUAAUCAUGAUCGGCGACUCUUCUCCAUUCAUCGUUGAGAUUUUUUUGCAGCAUCUACUCCAUUUUUCGACUUCACGAACACGACCGGAGAUACUUCUUACACCUCAUAACUACAUAAGCAGUCAGCCAAUAGUACAUGAGCCAACCAUUUCCAUGAACCAACCCACAUUAGUCACGAAUUCCAGGAGAAGAGCAGAGCUCGUGAUAGUCUCGCACUCAACCACAUCCUCGCUGAUACUAUCUAACCCCUGUGGUCUAGUUUAGUAUACAAAAAAGAUUUAUAAAUUUGUAACAUUCUCUUUCAAUUUCUCAGUGAUUCAAAACAUUGACAUUCAUUAAGAAAGGUUCUCAUACGGAAAAACUGAAAUGCAUGAACACCAUCAAGCAGUCUAGAGGCACUCCCACAACAGUUGUACACAUCAUCAUCAGCAUCACCACAAUAGAUUAAUUGACUGUAUCCACCUAACCCUCAACGUAGAAGAAAGAAGCUGUGCAUACUAGUAAUAUUUCGUAUUCAAUCAUCGACCCAUAUCCACCGAUAUCGCAUAUUACUUUUCAUCGGAAUCGUUCGCGACUUUUGAGUAUUAGGAUUAUAUGAUACAUAGAAGAAGUUGUAAACAUAAGAAUUUUUUCAGGAUCACAAAGACCACACGAGGACCGAAGGACUAAAGAAAAUAGAUCGCUGAUUUUGCUACAACAGAGGUAUUUUCACGACAAGGAAGUAGUAUACUUACAGAACAAGAACAUCGAUGGAUCAAAAAUCAUCAUCGCGCUGCACGUAGUGCGAAGUCUCUUCUCGAAGCUAUUACAACGAGAAUCCAAGCAUCGAAAGCAAGCACAUCAAGAAGAAGUCGGAGUCACGACGGAAAUAAGAAAAAGCCAGACCAAGACGGCAAAGCUGUAACCAGGUGCAGUUUCACUCCGUAUUCCCUUCGACGUGCUGGUUGAUAAAAAUCAUUUCUACAAAAUAUAAAAUGAAUAGCAACAACAAGAAUGAGUUCUCAUUUAUGAUACUCCAUUUCUGACAGAAAUUCAAAUUUUCAGUUGUAGAUGAAAAUUUCUGCAGAAAGAGUAGAUUCACGGACCUCGAGUAUGCCUCUCCAGCACUGUAGAUCUCAUCUCCCCUGUCGUUGGAUUCCUCUCCUGCAUUGUCGAUCUCAUCUCCCCUGCCCUUGGGUUCCUCUCCAGCACUGUAGAUCCCGUCUCCCCUAUUCUGGCACUGCGGUUUAGUUUCUUUUUUGGUGGGUCUCUUCCCUCCCUUUUUAUUCGCAUAGUGUGACCAUGGUUGAACCCGGCGGCGCAUCAGUUAGCAAGUGGGAGCGUGGGCUUUUUGGCCAGGAGCUAUUCCCCUGAUGCUCAUGGCCCCCGCCUCCUGAAGAAAGUAGUACUUGCCAUAUAUAGGACAGAAGUGGUGAGCAGGUAGCUCAUGAUUCCUUAUUCGCGCGGGACCCCAUGAACCGCCUGAACAACAUGAACCGGCACUGACGGCAUAAUUCGUUGCAUAAUUCGUUGCGCCCUGCGCGUAAAGACCCAGAAUCUUGAAGGUGGCCCGGCCGUCGUCAGGCUUCGUUUUUCCACUUGUUGUUGUGCUAUUAAGUAGAUACUAGGCCCAGCUACAGGGGGAGGACGGAGUGGCAGCGACUCUGUCAUGGGUGGGUGAUAGUUUAGGGCCCACUUCUUUUUUUAUGCUGAGAAAGGGUGAUAGAUACUGCUUGCGAAACAAAUUGGUCGUCAUUCAACAAUCGCAGGGUUGGGUGAUUGUUGCUAACUGAUUUAUCAAUCGCCGUGGGUGGUGUUUCUGUUUCGCAUUGUCAGCCCCCUUAAUGGUGUCGAUGGUUGACUGAGGCCACAUGUAGCGCAUUUUGGUUGCUUUGCUAGUUUUGUGCGCCUGUGCGUGUUUUGCACAACUAAGCAAGCUGCGCUCUGGUAUUCUACUGCUGGGCCACAGCGAGCUCGUUUGUGAUUGCGUUGUUGUGUGUUUCUCAUCAUAGUUACAAUUUAGGCCAAGAGUUCAGCCUUUAUUGAUUAUUGUUGGCCAGACCGAGACCCUGCGGAGUUGCGUAUUAGUAUUUAGAAAUUCAAACUUAUUUGUAUUGUCUUUGAUUCUCUCCUUGUUUCUAUCUACUGAUGAACAGGCUUGCACUUGUGUCCGCAAUCUCCUCACGACUAACAUCUGCACCCAACAUCGAUUCCGCGCGACCCUCUCAGAGAACGACAGAGGAAACUGACCAAAAAGGCGAGCAUCUAUCGUCCAUCAUCUGACAAAGAUGGAGGCCUGGAAUCGAGAAAUGGAGGAAGCCAUGGUGAAGCGGCUGCAGGAGGAGGAGGGGAAUUCCGAUGGAACGGCGCCCCGUCGAAGUGGAGGGUGGGGAUGGCAAACCUAUGCCUCUUUCUUGUUGGUUUUUUUCAUCUUCUUCUGGGCGGCGGAUCUCUCCACAGAUGGCGUUGUCUUUAUGGUUUCACUCGGAUAAGAGUUACAAGAAUAAAAGUGAAAACUCUCUUUUAUUGGGAUAAAAGUUUCAUGAGGAUAGGAUUUUCAUUGGGAAAAGAGUGAAAAUCCAUCUUUUAUGGCUCUUCAAUGGCCUCGAACGCCCAUCCCCUCAUUUUUGUGCUAACUUCUAUUUUAUCCUAAAAGUUGGAAGACGAGAUAUGAGCAGGAGCACUGCCAAAAAAGUAUAAGUCUCCAGAUCAUGAAAGUGCAGAGAGUACUUAGUUAAAGAUUUUCAAUUGACAAAUUAGAAUUACAUCAUGGCCAGGCUGUACGAUGUUCCUUUCGCGACACCUGCGUCUACUAUGCGCCGCAUGGAUGACUAAGACCGCAGCCGCAGUUUUGUUUAUCUCAUCUGCAUGCAGCUGCGCUCUGUGGAUAUCGAUGUUUGCCUGAUGAUAUAAUAGUUGUUGCUUGGGCUUAGCGAGUUCUAAUAUUUCUUUGCUCUUAAGAUUUUUGGCAAGUUUUUCUGUUACUUGCAAUUUGUAGUUUUUUUGUUACAAUGAAUCCCUACAUCAUAGAAGAUGUUCGUGCUGUAUGUUCUUUCUUGGGUCGCUGCGUGUGUGUCUGUGUGUUCUGCGACUGUGUGUUCUGCGUCUGUGCGUUCUGCGUCUGUGCGUUCUGCGUCUGUGUGUUUUGUGUCUGUGCGUUUUGUGUCUGUGUGUUCUGUGUCUGUCUGUGUGUGUGUCUGUGUGUUGUGGGCCGCUGCGCUUUUGCGUGCUACCUAAUAUGAGGGCAUGGGCUUGCGCCUUGUUUUUGAAGCGGGGCCCGUUGCUCUCGCUGUGCGGCUGUGGUAGGGCUUUCUUGGGGCUCGAGUGCUGUGAAGGCAUGGCCCUGCCCUCUACUUGGUGCUGGCAGUCUGUCAUUCGUGGGCUGCCAGCAGCGUGGUUGCGGUCAGGAAUCCACGGUCUUGCCCUUUUGUGGCUUCUAGCGUUCGGGCCCGUCUGGUUUAUAGUGUUUUCCACGGAAGAACUACAACAACAACUAGGAGCAGAUCUUGCUUGUUGUCUACAAGUAUUUUUCUUGGUUGUUAGUCUGACUUGUCUCAGGCGGGACGCGUGGGGAAGAUCUACUAGUUUCUAAACCCAGACUUUUUCCAUUUCACGCUGGUCCGUCGGUGUCUGAAUUACUGGCUGAUGGAUCGUUUUUCCUUCGCGUCUUACUGGCUGGCCGUGUCAAUGCUAUGAAGAGUAGUCACUGUACUUACAACAUAUCUGAGGAUGGGUUAAAGCUAGAGGAAAAGGGCUUCUUUUUAGUAAAAUCCUCUCGCCUUUGCGUCUACCUCUACGCCCUUUUCGUUUUUUUUCAGAUUUUCUUUCUUAGUGGGGUUUCUGACGUGGCAACGCCCUCACUUUUCUAGUACGCACAGCGCGAUGUGGCUUGCUGUUGUUUCUUGAAUCUGACUUUUUUCGGGUUUCUUGGUUGCUUUCUUAGUAAGGGCUCUACAGCAGUUUAUUACUUCUAAGUGAUAAGACAGAAUAGGGCCGAGAGGGGCCUGCGACACUCGGGAUACAACUUUUUUAUAUCUCGAUGGCACCCUGCGGCUAGCUGAUCGACAACUUGUUAAAUUUUUGCGAUUUUUACUAGACUGGGGCGACCGGUAGCACUCCUCCCACUAGAAUCCCCCACCCUCUGCGCGCACUUCUUCCGCCGUGGCGUGCCUGCUUUCCAGGCCUCUUCCCCACGUGACAACCGCCCGGCGGGGUUGAUCGGUGGGACAGGGGUCGGGCUUUUAACGGCGUGCGGCCAUUGAAGAGGCACGCCGCGAAAUGGUAGGCCUGGGCGCUUGCGGGCCUCUUGUUAGGUAUGGCCAUCUUUGCGCGAAGGGCGAAGCGCUUAUAUUUUAAGGCCUUGUCGCUUUGUUUGCCUAAAUUUGAAAAUGUGAGGCCUAGUCUUUGUUCUUAUAAGAAAGUUUACUCGUGGUCUUCGGCGAUGGAUCAUUAUUUUGGGUGCCGUGCUCAUGGGUUGGUGGGCUGACUGGUUGGGCUUGUUGGUUCGUUGCUCUUCGUUUGUUGGUAAGAAAAGAGAGCGGGGAAAGCUUCUACGGGGGUCGCGUGCUCUUGGUUCGAGUGUUUGUGGUUCGGGUGUGUGUGGUUAAGAGUUUGGAGGGGACGCUGUUUCGGUUUUUUCUGCUCAUAAUAUUUGCCCCUUCGCCCAGCAUCAGUAGCCUGCCAUGUCCUCUGCGAGGUCGAAAUCUAGUAGGCCAAAGCUACCUCGCCUAGCUUUUUUUUGAUAUGUUUAUGCAUCUUCGUCUGCUGGUCUGGGGGGGUUCGAUUCGAUCUUUUUCUGCCUAGGGGGCCUGCUUUUCCUCUUUGUUCUUUCUGAGAAUGAUAGACAGAGCGCGGUGGAGUAAGCAUAGAGCUUUCCUCUGCUGUGGUGCUUAUGGUGUACUGAUUUACUCUGAGCAAAUACUAGACUGCCGCGCUUGAUAGCUCUCCCCCACUAGAAUCGCCCACCUUCUUGAGGCAUUUCCCCCGCCAAGACGCGCUCCCCCCGCUCCUCUUCCGCCAGGCCGCGGCGCUCUUUUGGCGGAGUUGGUCCGCGGAAGAGGAGCCGGGACAGAGGCGCCGCGGAAUUUGACAGAGGAGGCCGAUUCCCCGCGGCUUUUGAGGUGUUUCAGAGUUUUUACUCUUUUGACUAUAGUGCAAGUUCUUGGGCCGGAAGCAUCGGCCUGAGGGGGUGCAAGACUGUACGCUUAAGCUUUUUGGUGUGGGGCCUUCACUCCUUGGGGCCAGUUUGAAGCUUUUAAUUUGCAGCUUGGGCUGAGGCUUGUGGCUUUCAGUUUGAAGCUUUGAGCUUUGGCGAGGCUCUAGGCGUAAGGAUAUUGGGGCGUAGGGUUUACAAGCUGAAGCCUUAGGCCCAAGUCGUGGCUGGAUUUGAUGGGCCUUUUUCUGAAAUUUUGGACUGAGGGCUUUGGGCUUGAAGGAGGCUUGGGCCUCAAGUUUUGGGCGUUGUACUUUCGGCUUGAAGCCUUCGGCGUAAAGGCUUGGAGCUGAAGCGCUAGGCCUGCAGCGUUGGACUUGGGGCCUGGGCUUUGAAGGUUUGGGCUUGAGGCUUUUGGCCUGGGGUGGCAGGCUUGGGGCUCUGCGCCUGGGCCCUUGGGCUUGUGGUUUUGGAGUCGGGUCCCCGAGCUUGAAAGUUGGCCGCGGCUGACAAAAAGGAAAAUCUAGGCACGCUAGCCCAAAGUAGAAGACCCUCUGAACUUUCUCGCCCUUUAUUUUAAUUAGGUUGCCUGCCGUCGUGAUUGGCUACACAUCAUGGGCAGCGCGUUGGCCGAAUUCGCGAUCGUAGGCGAGUGACAUGCCACGCCUCAAGUCUUAGGCCUGUGGCCAUGGGGCGGCUUUUUGAAUUUGGAAAGUUUUAGGCUUAGUUCUGGGUGAUAAAUUGAAGCGCUUGGCUACUCUACGCAAAAGUAGCAAGGUUUUUGGCUCUAUCGCUUAGAAUUUGAUCUGAGCCGCCUGCGGUCGUGAUUGGCUACGCGUAGGCUGAACGCCGUAGGCCCGUAAGGAAGCGUGAAGGCUGUGGCCUUUGCGGCGGUGGUCGUGGUUUGGCUCGAUGUGCUGCUGCCCGUUUUAGGCGAGUUCGCCGAGGGUCCUGGGGCUAAGGUUAGCAAAUUCGUGGCGGGGGUGGGUUUCGCGGGCAACUUAGAAAACUAUACUAGGGAGCUUCGGGGCCGUUGGUUUAUGGAGCUUUGAUUUUGUGCAGAUCUUACCAUAGUACUCCCCCCUAGCCCUCUCUCGACGGCCUCUGGGCCGCUCUGACGGAGUGAUCGCUUUUUUGUGGGCAAAAAAUAGUUUAUUUCUGACUGAUAAAGUUAUAAGUGACUGAAUGAAGAUUUUCUCUUGUUUGAGUGAUCACGAAUAGGGAACGCGAGCCUUCAUGCUUUGAAUUUCCCACUCCUCCUUUCCGGAUUUCCGCUUUGAGUUAUUUGGAUAUCGGCCCGGGGGCUUUAAUUUUGUGUAGAUCUUUUUACUUCUGGCCACCUCUUGACGGCCUCGUGGCCGCUCUGGUUGAGUGGUCGCGUUACUAUUACUACUACCUGGUGCUGGUGGUGUGUUGGGUGGGUAAUCCUUAAUGAAGUCGCGUCCCUCUUGAAGGGAAAGCAAGAAUUUCCAACAAACUUCUUGGUAGGAUAAUCCUCAAUUAAGUCUCAUCUUUUUCUCCCAUUCUUCUGUGCAGUGCCUUCUUGAUUAUCCGCUGACCAGGGGGAUACAAAUAUUCUUGAUAGAUAGCCUUCGCUUUUUCUAUCUUUCUCGGGUCUUUGUUAUUGUUUUUUCUACUUAGGCAUGCUCCAUCACACUUACCCAGUACGGCUGACAGGGUUGAAUAUAGGGGAACCAAAUGAAGGGACGGGAAUAGAUCUGAUACUCACCCAACCACAGAUGCAUAUUGACUGACAGGCGCUAAUGAAACCUUCCUCGUCUCGAAGCCGAAGGAGCGUCGCUCUUUGAGAGGUGCGGUGGACGUUCACGUGGCCUCAAACUAUACCACGCCUGGGCACCUGCUAAACGGGGCCCCGGUGGUUUCUAGUGGAGUCCUGGCGACGGCCGUGGGCGUGCAUGGGUUCAAACCGAAGGAGGGCGGCAGGCUUGGGGGCGCGAUGAAAGGGCUCUCGAUGUCCAGCGAUGCCACGUUUGCUCACGAACUCAACCGAACUGCCCCCGAUGGAACCUUCCUCCAAUUGUCGGCUGGAGAAGAUGACUUGACGAGGGUAGGAGCCGUCCACAUCACAUUCACUCCGGAUCGCGGUGUUUGGGAGUUGCACUACUUUGACAGUGAGGAAGAUGUCCAGUAUACGCCGACGAAUCCGUACCUGAACAAGCCGAACAACCCGAAAGACGAUUUGUUUGAACUGCGUCCCUUUUCCCCCAUCCAUACGGAUAACAAAGAUUUACCUCUCAGGUCAGUCAUAUCGGGCGAUCCCAAUGGAGAUGCGCUCGUAAAGUUCGUAAAGUUCGGGAAGCUUGGGAGCCUGGUAUACCGUUACGCGACUCUCGAGAAUUCCUGUCUGAGCUUUAAAGAUGCGGAAAUUUAUGCGGGAAGACGUACCCUUAGCAAAGGCAAGCAGACGCCGAUCAACCGGCCGCCGAACACACCUCUGCGCGAGAACGCUCGACUGCCCAAUGUGAUACGCGUAAAACGGACACAUGGAAGCACUGAAGCAGAAACUUUAGCAUUUUACAGAGGACACUACGAUGACAAAGGCAAACACUUCACACGCGGGGGGCGGCUCCGGUUUUGGGUAACCGGCUUCACCUGGAAGGAGGAAAGGGCCCCCUGCAAACGAGGAGCACCCCGCGUGGCCGGCGUUUGCGCGAAGACUACACUUCCGGUAUGGCAGAGCAGCGCAGGCGCUUGUUGUAACAUACUUAGGCGAGAGCCAUUCUGCUGGCAUCGGUCUCUUCUCUGUCUCGAAUCUUGGGGGCUGCGCAUCCUACACGCAGCGCGUGCUUUCAUAGCCCGCGGAGUUCUCCAAUUGGUAGCUCUUGGGUCUAGUCGCUAUCUUCUUCGCAGUCGCUUCAUGGUCGAUUCUGAUUCUCACUCCCUUUCGCGUCUUUCUUUUUCUCUACAGUCAAAAGCUGCGCUAGCAAAAUUUACGAAAUUGCCACUGCUAUUCGAUAUCGCAACAAGUCGGCAACGGAAAGCGCGAGCGUGCUAUUGCAAAGCGGCGGCAUGCAAUAAAGCGGCGCCGCCCUUUAUGACACUGGCCAGGAGCAGCAGCUCACCCAGCUACGAAGCCAGAAAGCAAUCUCUUCACCUUUAGAGGCUUGCCCAUUUAUCUGCGCCGGCAGCUAUCCAUCCAACCUCAAGCCAAAACGCCGCUCCCGUCGGAGAAGGAGAGGCGCAUCGCGUCGCGGACGCCCAUUCCAUUUUCACCGACCUGAUAGAGACGGCGCCGCGCAUCAUUCACACGCGACUGCGCGUCGCUCGAGGCUGGCGAAGCUACUCAGUUUGGGCUUGGAAAUCACCUAACGACGGGCAGCGACGUACUCCGUGCCAUUUUCAGCGACAUCAAUAAGGGAGCACAGGCCGCAGGCUUCAAUGUCUACAAGCUCAGCCUUCGGCUUGCGUGAUGGCUGUGGUACUAGGCCUCGGGCUUCGUGUUCGUGUAAGAAUCUGCGGCAACUGCGAAAGGCCUCCGUGAUGAAGUCCACUGAUGAAGCCUUGCUGCCUCCAUUGAAAAGAAGGAGCGUCUCAUCCCUUGCCGCUUAUUUAGCCAAUCUCGCCCUAGUCGUCCGAGUCCAUGCUCUCAAUUCGCUCAGGCUCUCCUCGGGGUUCAUUCGGUGCCAGGUUAUGACUGAAGGCACCGGUAUGCCCGCUAGGGAAAUUGCUGCGGGGUCCAUCUUGUUUCCUUCUUCUGGCGCUUCUUUGGGUGAAUUCAAUUAGCAGACCACUUUUUCGCACAUCAACGACGUGCACGGACUCAACCCCCACCACCGGCCCGCGUUUUGCAUAAUGGAGAUAAGUGCUCCGGCGUCCACGCUUUCCGGCUAAGCUUCACGCGACGUAAAUUUUUCUCACCCCACGCACAGCCUUCCAAAAAUGGCUGGACUCGCUCCCCGUCCAACUCCAUCGCCCAGAACUAAUCCGCGGCCGACUGCCCGCAAGGACUUAAGUCGGGCCGCGACAUCCUCAUCACCCUCAGCGAGCACACACAGCAAGGGCAAGAAGCAUAGCCGCUCCGCCAAGAAGUUCGCCACUAACAUCAGUCGACCUACGUCCAGCAGUCGGGUGGCCAAUUAGCUGGAAAGUUGGGAAGCGACUCAGCCGCCGCCAAGAACAGGAGCACACCUGCCAACGGCUUCAGAGUCGAAGUCGGCAGCGUCUCCCAAUUGGUGUCGCCUUUUUUGGAGGCCGCAGGGCACGCGUUUCACGGCGAAGCACUCAAAACCUGGGGGGAGCGAUAUGGCGUGCGGGAUGCCUCUAGCUCGCAUUCGCCGCAGCUGUAGUCUGGCGGUCAGCAGCACCAUCGUGCAUUCUUACUAGGCGGUGGCUUGUCAAAGCACCAUGACAGUCAACGACUUCGCAAGCCAAGAGGUGACAGACAGACUAUCUACUGAACAGCACUAGCUGGACUGAAGUGGCAUGCUGGUCAGCUAUCGGAACGAGCCACCGAAGGGCCGGGCUAUUACUCACUCUCCAUCUCUUCUCCAGUCCUUUGCCCUAUUCGUGCCCGGGGUGUAUCUGCGGCCUGGCGGGAGCAAAGAAGCCUAAAUGUGCCGGAUAUGUUUUUCAUUGGAGGCGUCAACGCAAACACGGCGAAAAUCUUUGGGCAGUUGUCUGAUGUCUUAGGUUUAUUUAUGGCGGUGAAAGUAUUGGCGAAGGCAUGUAGCGGCCAACCGCUGCGCACCGUGCUCAUGUUGACGGCAUCGUGCCGGCGCUGACUAUGCUCCCGCUAUCUUUGCGACCCUCUCGCGCUGCGGGUGGCAGGGAUUCAGCUCCAACUGGCGUCUUCUCGCCGUGGCUUUCAUUUGGCGCGGAGACAUGCCGGGGAGCGUUGCGCAAAUCGAGGCGCCUUCAAUCUCUCGUAGGUGGCGCCCUGCUCUCCAAAUCCUUUCAAUAUCGGCCACGCCAACAGUCUAAGUCGAGGUAUAGUGAAUGCCCGAGACUCAUAAUCUAGAUCAGCCACGUCGCCCCUGGCAUCGCUUCCGCCAUUUCUUCGGGAACCGAUCGCAGCACGGGCCUGCCCGUCCGUUGGAGUGUAGCCAGCUCGUGCUCCCGAUCUCUGGCCUUCGCCGGUGCCGCGUGUCAAUUGACUGCACUCGCGUGCGUUCGUACCUCCAUCCGCGACGCCGCUGCUACCUGUGUUUGCAAGAUGAGACCGCCGGCCAAGACCAUGCCGAAAGUUUCCGACAGUUAGUUUCUGAGGACACACAAGACCCUCCUUAGGAAUCUCACCCGAAAAAGGGAAACCGUACAAGCGCGCGCGGCCUAACUUCGUCAGCGAGUUUGUUACGCACCCUCGGAGCAAAACCCAGCGCCAAGCAAAAUCCCGGCCGCGCCUCGCCUCUCCGACGGGAAAACAAAAAGACAGCCAAGAACUGCAAGCCAAUGGCCCUAGUUCUAGCAGCUCCAGCACCAUCAUGCGGCCCGGCAGCUUCUUUGUGAGUACGGAACAACAGGAGCCAGCCACUUUUACCAUUAGCAUCGGCCACGGGUGUCAUUUAGGGCGAAUCCGCACAAUUAUGCACCCUAUGUCAGGCCGCUUCGUCGUGAGUUAGGGCAGUCUUUAUGAGUCAAUCUGCGUUUUUAAGCACCGGGCCGCAUUUUGUGCGCCUUUCUUUUUGAACGACUCCACCCCGACGUAGAUGCCUGCUUCGCUGAGGCAGAUAGGCUGGCCCUUUCUCGCUCCUCGCAUUGAAGUUGAGCCCACAGCAGUGCGGCACCGUCUACGCACUCAGGCCCAAAGCCCCCGACAUAACAGGCAUACGCGUGAGAGUGUGCCACCUUGUCUCACCAGUCGCCGGCAGCAACUCGCUUGGCACAGCAGCUUUCAACAGGUCGCGCCGCUUUCUCACACUCAAGAACUUCACCCACGGCUACCGCGCUUCCUUUCGUGCCCAUGGGUAGCCCCAGGGUGUGAAGAAUUGGCUCGGGCUGUCUUUUGUAAUGCUUCAGUCACGAUGGGGGAAACCCUCGAAGAAGUAAGCAGCUUGCUGGUUGGCAGCCCUGGCACGGUGUCCACUUCUGACGGGUUUGAGCACUCUGCGCAAGGUUGGGAAGAAUGGUGGCCAAUUUGCGAUAUUCCAGCCGUGGAUCAUACGCCGAGCGCUUCUUCUUCUUGCUCGAGUGGUUUCGCCAGUAGUGCCAUCAGCGAAGUUUAAGGCGCCGCCGCCCCUGAUCUAGACCGAGGCAAAACAGUAAGGAAGGAUCUGACUGAAGUCUCUUCCUUCUUUCUGAUGCUUCAGGUCAUGGAUGGCCCUUGGUGGCGCAGCCGGUGGCGCGGUGGUCGAUGCACCCGCCGCGCCUGCGGUCCUCACCACGUUCAGGCGCAUGCAGUGCGACACCGGGCACCCGGUGGCCAAGCUCCAUGCCAUCUGCGGCAAGAUUAUGCCCGGCAGCAAUCGCUGCAGCAAAGGCGCCCGCGAGGACCGCAAAAAGACCAGGGCCCACCCGCUAGCAGCCUCGUCCUUUCACACGCUCAGCAGUGGCCAGCCAUUGGGAAGAGCCUGCGCAAGUUGCAACAACCACAAGCAAGCAGCACGCACGAAGGACGCCGAAAAGGCUGCCGCGGUGCUAAGGUUCUCCCAUAGGAAAAGCACCAGAGCCAAACUGCGCUGCCAGUUGUCACCGUUCAGGCCGUCAAUCCUUGCAAAGUCAAACCGCUCCGCCCCCCGGCGGGUUCUAGCUGGCGGGCGGAGAUAUGUCAAUGGGCCCCAGCGUCGCCUCUGCUUUUCCUUGGUUCGCUGAACACUGUGCGACGAGUGAAGGAACAAGAAAGCGCGGACGCGUGUGCAAAGCCAAAGCGCCCGCCGCUCAACGACCAGAGCAAGCUGGCGCACCUUGCUCCGACAGUGGUCUCGUGAGUUUCUGGCCUCUUUCUCGUCAGUAAUCCCGCAUGCCCCUCCGUCUUCGCGUGAGAUAUUCGGCAGCCCAGUCUUGACACCUCAUCACAGGGGGCCACGACGAUGGGCGCCAAUUUCGGUGGUGACAGCGCAGCCCUGGAGAAAGCUGCUGAACAGUUGAAGCGCAAGGGCAACGAGCACCACAAGCGGCCCAGGCUCCUCUUACUCAAUGCGCGAGGCAGCUUGCUAGGCUGCGGCGGCGGCUGUGAUCAUUUCGCCCGCGCCGUCUCUUUCUUCCCGGGUAGACCGGUUGCCACCCUCGCCGGCUACCUGGUGCGUUCCUUUCUUGGUCAAAUACCGCCGCGACCUUCCAGCACUUCAGCAGCCCGCCACCAAGGAGGGGCGGGGCGUGUUUGAACAAACUCCGGCAGUCUUGUGUGCUUUGCUGCGCUUUUCCUUACAGCAAGGCAGCCGGCUUGGUAGGCAGUUUUAUUAGCCUACAAGCCUGGUCUGCAGCCAGCUGCGUGACAAAGAGUGCGAGCGCGUAUCAGCUUCUCAGCGUCUCCCAGGGGUGGGCUUGCUAGCUUCAAAUGAGUGCGAUACAGUGCUGGCCAUGAGGAUGCACCUCGAAAAACAACGCGGCGGAGAUUGUGCCUAUUUUAUUGGCGGGCUUCCUCGGUGAGUACGAAGCAGGCGGCUGCGGUAAGGUGGCGGCCCUGUCAAGGGCAGGCGCGGGCCAUGCGCGCCUAUUGCCACUCGGGGGCCUCUCUGUGCUAUGCAAGAAGUAGCCACUUCACCUGGAGCGCCCAAGCAGUGGCAGAAAAGUCGCAGGCCCAGCCCUUCUGUGCAGCUCGCUCCUGCUUGUCUUGGUGAAGUUCUUUGGUAGCGUAGCGCGCUCGCUGCCAACCCGUCGGCGCCCUUGUUCCUUUUACACCGGCAGGAGAUUUCUCAUGUGGUAUGAGGGGGUCCGUGCUUCGCGGUUUCGCUCGGCCUCUGCCGCCUAGCACUUCCAUCAUUCGCCGCUCAAGUGGACGCCGCCGCCUCUAGUGGUAUCGGCUGGGAGGCCUCGGCUGACAGGCAGCGGCUUAAAGGGUUUGCGCCCUUGAGUGGCAGCGCACCGGCAUCAACUUCGGAAGGGCUACUACUCCCCUCGGAGGGUGUCGGCCUUUUGGUGGCUCUGUGGCCAGCAGGCAAGGCCGUAGUUUACUACAACACUGACAACCCGGCGGCCACGAAGGCACGGAAUAAGGGGGCCUCUUCACCUGGUGACAUGUCGCGGGCCUCUUGCCUCAUUCGGGGCUUGGUGGUGACUGAGUAAUGUGCGAGCUGGUCGCCGCCAAACUGUUCGGGGCUGAGGGGCCGGCCGCUGGUUCUCUCUGUCGUUUCGUCGUUGUCGCUCCCUCUGUGUCGUACGACUUUCCCAAGCGGUACCAAUGCAGGCCUUUUCGGCUCUGAGCUCCGGAAGCUGGCUGCCUGGAAUGGGCGCCGUCGUGAGGGGGGGCCCUGGCUCCUUGAAGUGUGUGCUUGGCCUCUGGCAUUCUCUCUUGGUCGGCGACGUGCCUUCCUUGGCAGAACGUCUGCGACCGACCUGCUGCAGCAUCGUGCUUGGUUGGUGGUUUCCUUCCAAUUGUUUUAGCACUUGUUCCCGCGCUCCUAAAAUUCUUGGGCAGGCUCGUAGCUAACCUUCCCACGCUUAGGCGAACGCGGUUCGCGGUGCUCGUCCCGCUGCUUGGUGUUCAGUGAAUUCAUGCUGCUGCGCGGCCGGUUUUUGCGCAUUUCGAAACACCAGCAAGGGAGCCGGGCCUUUCGUGUCGGAGGUGGCGCCUCCGAGUUUUCGCCCGAUUCGGAGGGCCACGGCGAUGCCUCGUGACGAGUGGCCGGGGCAGCUUGCUGCGCCUUCUUCUCUGCUGCCGCAGGCUGCUUCGCAGCGCACAUCUCAAAACCAUAACCACCGCCACAGCCUCGGCGAUACCGUUGCCAUCGCUGAGAUUGCAGACGCUGCGGAGGGCGCCAUUGUUCGCGCCUGUUGUUGUAAGGCGGUCGAGCCAUCCAAAUGGAGGCGCUGCUUCCGUUUUUGGCUCUCAUCCGUGCGCCAGUCUGUCGCGCGCUACCAUGAAGCACCUGGGCCCAAGCUCUUCGCUGACUUUGGGCAUAUUAGUGGGCCGCGUGGUCAGUGUCUACGCCGUACACCUUCCGGGCCCGCCGUCUGUUCGUUGGAGCUCUCCCGCCGUUGACGCCGCACCCCCUCGACUGCGCCACUUUCUUUCUGCUAUGGCUCGUAUUCCUGGCCAUCUCGCGAGGCCUGGCACGUCUUCCGCAGCCUUGCCGCCUGAAUGAUACAGGGGCAGGGAUGUGCGGGGGCAGAGUCGUAGACUACGCUGUGGCCCUGGACCGCUUUGCUGCCGACUGUUCAUCUCAGUACUGCACCAGUGUGAAAGUGAAACUCUACCAGCCGCCACGUCGGCGCUUUGAUUCGUUGUUUAUGCUCAGGGCGCAGCAUCCUUCAUCUUCACGUGAUCAGGCCGAUGCCGCUAGUAGGCUAGUCUGGAUGGCUGACCGACUAGCAGACCCAUUUUCGCCGUAUGCUAGCACCUGGAGCCUCGCUCCCAGUUUCCGCCAUGGUAGAAAAGCACAGGCGUUCGCUAUAACAAACUUAGGCAAGGGCCACUUUGCUGGCGUCGGUCUCUUGUCUUCUCUGUCGCGAAUCUUGGAGGGUGCGCACCUUAAUGCAGCGCGUGCUUUCACAGUGCGCGGAGCCGGAUCUUUCUCUAAUCGCUUUCGAAUCAAUCUAGUCGCUACCCCCUUAGCAGUCGCUUCGCGGUCGAUUCUCAUUCUCGCUUUGUUUCGGAUUUUUCUUUUUCUUCCUCUUUCCUCCCCCCUUUCUCAUCGGUAAUCCCCCACACUCGCCCACAGGCGGCAUUGUUUCGCGCUCAAAUUCGUUGCUGAUACUCAGACUUCAGCGUCUUUCAUCUUCGCGCGAUCCGAUGCCGCUAGUGGGCUAGCCUGGGGGGCUGACCUUCUAGCAGAAUAACUCUCGCCGCAUAUUAGCGCCUGGGGCCGCGCGCUCAAACUCAAGGUGGCCCGGGGGGGGUCCUACCAAAGUCCAUCAUGGAGUGCCUAGAUCCAAAUGAACCACCAGUUGGUGCGCCAGAUUGGAUACUCCAGAUGAAAGGCAAAGAGGCACCCAAUCCGAAUGCAAGGGAGCACAGCUGGGAACCUCUAAGAGCUUCCGUGGAAGAAGUCUCUGUUUGGCCGCCAACGAUCACUCGGAAGCAGAACCCGCCUAUUGAUGUAAAUGUUGAUCCCGGAGAAGCCGGCAACGUCUACGUCUCGCCUGUGGCGGUGCCGAUGAAUGAAGCCCUGGGGUUUCCUCAGUGACUGGUGUGGAAUUGGAACCGAGAAGCCUGGGAUGAUAUUUGUAAAUAUAGAGCGGCCGCGCCCAUAGUUAGAAUUAGCUUUGGGUGGCAGGCUUGCUUGAUCGAAUAUCAUACGGAAUGUUUUGUGAGAGGUUCGUUUCUCGGGGUGUAGGGGGUGUCGUUCUUAUGUUCUGUUAUUCUGUUUCCUUAUUUCGUUGUGAAUAUUGAUAGAUGUAGAUCUGCGGUUAUCUUAGUUUUUUUCCUUUUACUUGAGCACUGGCAUUCGAGUACGCUUGUCGAAGAUGGCGCGGCUAUGGCGAUUGGAAUUUUCUGGGGAAGUAGGCACUUGGAACAGUGAGCUAGGCUCUCCCCGUGCUUGCGCGAAAAUGCUCCACUCGGGUGUAGGGUCUCCCUGGCUCGUUUUUGCUCGUCCCUGAUUUUUUUUUUAUCGAUGUCAGCCCGCCAUCUGUUCAAGUGAAGUGCAAGAUGCGCCAGGAUUAGUGCCCUCGCCGUUGUUAGAAGGAAACCGCCCCAGCGUAUUUAAGUAUUUGCAAACCUGUUCGUAAGGAUGCUGCUUUUUAGCUGCUACUGUCAAUGAAUGUAAGAAACCGCGAGGAGGAGGUGCUGCUAAAUAUUGUAACCCAGCAAGAAGCGGGGGGGCCAUUACUUAUCCCCAAAGAGCUUGGCUGGCUUUGAAGGGGUAGGCCAGCCUAUGCUCUCAUGCAUGCGUAGCCUUUUUGUUGUUUUUUUAGCCAGCGUGCGAGCCUCCAUAGAUGCCGCAGAGCUUUUGCCAAGUAUGUAAUUAAAGGUCUCAGACAGCGACCAGCUGGCCACUUAAGGGCGAUCGAAUAGGUGGCAAAAAUAGACUACAUGCUUCGAGGAGGGACUGGGGGUAGCCUUCGUCGAGAAAUAGAACCAAUUCGCGGAUUAAGUUUUUAAAAACGCGCGCUGCCGUCUCAGUAGGAGACACGGCGCCAGUCUAUUAAAACUUAUGAAGGUGUGUGGGCUUUUUUUAGUCGUGCACCCCUCUUGCUCGUGGUGUUGAUUCUCGUUUCUGGAAGUGCCAUCUCCCUCAUGUGUCGAUGGGGUAUUUUCGGGAAUAUUUCGGAAGGGGUGGGCAGAUGGGGUUAAAAAGUGGGCCACGGGUUCGCCUGUGAACGAGUUUCAGGUCGUGGCGCGUGUCUGCUAUCUUCUAGCCGCAACAGCUAGUCGAUGUGUGUAUCAUCCUCUCCACCCGCAUGAAUUUUUUAACUAGUGCUUCCGCCCAACCUUGCUGGCACCUCGGUGCCUACUGCAUCCCAACGGGAGUGCUAGCGCAGCUAUAUUCCAUCGGGUACUUGCAGAAAUGUCUGAAGAUGAAGCGAAAGCGUGCAGAUGGAACUGAGGUGGGGAUAAAGCGCAUGUUUGUCAAUAUUUUUCGGACUUAUCCUCCAACCGCAGUCAGGAGGCUGUCUUAGGGUUCUAGCUACUUGCCUCAAAGCCGAAUAUGUAGUGGACUGAUGCUAUCGGCUUCGGCAGUCAACUACUAAUCGCUUUCAGCGUAUUGAUCGCGCCCAUGUAUUCAUGGAUAUCAGUAUAACUGCAAGCAAGUUCCUGAAUCGGAGCAAUUCGGUCAGCGCAGUUAUGCCCGUGUCUCACCAUCAUUUUUAACGGAUGUAAAUACAAAACAAAAGAAGGGCGGCAGACUCUUGAAAGGGUUGUUAGGAUCGACAUUGCCAUUACGUCGCAAGAACAGUUGGGGCAGGAAGUGUCUAUCGGGGACCGCGCUUGUGUAUUUCCGCGAAGAA